AUGGAGUACCUUACAAAUAAACUAGAAAUGGUCACAGUCGACGACAAAAAUAUCAGUUCUAUAAUGGAAAGAAAAAACUUAAAAGGGAUAGACGGUUACUGGAAGCAGCCCGAAAUAUUUAUUGGCGUCAAAGACUUCUUCAAGUUUAUCAAACUAGAUGCAGCACAAGAAUUGGAAUCAGGAUUUCUGUUACUCAGGGCAAAACUUGGACCAAUGCUAGCCGGGAAUGGUUAUAUAAAUAAUAUUCGCAAAGCAAGUGCUACACCAAUAACCUCAGCC